AUGACUGACAACUCUAAGAGUGGCGGUCUUUCUGCGUCGCAUACCUCCGAUGCUCAUGUGCCGAUACAAGUAGAGGCCGAAUCCGACGAUGCAGCAAGUGAUUCAUAUUCCAACUAUUCAGAGGCGGAAUCAGAAACUACGAGUUUGCGAUCCUCAAUCUUCGAAUAUACUUACGAAAAUGGCCGGCGAUAUCACGCCUAUCGAGCCGGGCAAUAUCUCCUCCCCAAUGACGAGAUGGAGCAAGACCGACUGGACAUGACACACCACGUUUUCAGAUUAACGCUGGACGGAGAGCUCUGUAUAACAAAGCUUGACCAACCCCAUGAAAUUCUGGACAUCGGGACAGGAACAGGCAUGUGGGCGAUAGAGAUGGGGGAUCUGUAUCCGUCAGCAGAAGUUAUAGGAACGGAUCUGAGUCCCAUUCAAGUGGAGUGGGUUCCCCCAAAUGUCCAGUUCGAAAUAGACGACGCCACUUUGGAGUGGACAUUCCCUUUGAACCACUUCGACUUCAUUCACGCAAGGACUCUCGCAGGCGCAAUUAGAGAUUGGCCGGCGCUCAUCGCGCAAUGCUUCAGACAUGUCAAACCAGGUGGCAAGGUCGAAAUAUCGGAAGGGCGUGCCGACUUUUUCUGCGAUGACGGCUCAUUGACUGAAGAUACGGCUACAUACAGAUGGCUCACGGAAUUCAGGCGACUUGCCGCACCACUUGGCUUUGAUAUCGCACCACAUUUACCAAAUAUGUUGAAAGAUGCUGGUUUUGCCGACGUUGCGUAUACCCAAAAGAUCGUACCGCUCGGGACAUGGCCCAAAGACCCUGCUUUGAAAGAACUUGGUCGUUGGUUCCGACUGCAAUUUCUCGACAUGGCCCUCGAGUCAUAUAGUCUUGCCUUGUUUACCCGCAUGGGAGGAUGGACAAAUGAAGAAGCACAGGUUUUGUUUGCCAUGGUCAGAAAUGAGCUGAAAACCAACAGAAUUCAUGUUUACACAUACACGGCUUUUAUCACUGGGACAAAGCCUACAGAUGGAUGA